AUGUCGGUGGCCCGACUCCCCGCUGAAGCUGACAACUGUGAGUUUAAGAGGGCUAAAGGGAUGGCCUCGCCCAUACUCGGAUUCUCGGAUGAGGAUAAAGUUGGAACCGUCCAGCCCCACGACGAUGUUCUAGUCGUCACACUCAGGAUUGGGGGAUAUGACGUGAAGAGGGUGUUAGUCGAUCAAGACAGUGUCGUGGAAGUAAUGUACCCCGACCUAUACAAGGGGCUGAAGCUGAGACCAAAAGACUUGACAGCAUGCGACUCCUCUUUGGUAAGCUUUGAAGGGAAAACUGUUACUCUAAAAGGUCAGAUUAGGCUGCCUAUACAAACAGGCUCGAACAUAGUGGAGGUGGACUUCAUAGUGGUGGAUGCGUAUUCGCCCUACACCGCCAUUGUAGCCAGACCUUGGCUUCAUGCCCUAGGGGCUGUAUCCUCAACCUUACACCAAAAGAUGAAGUACCCGUCGGAGGGUCGAGUCAAAGAAGUGAUAGGGGACCAAGCCAUGGCCUGGCAAUGCAUGGUGUUCGCCAUCUCAAGACGGCCGAGUGUCGAGCCCUCAACCUCUACCGAGAAUGGCUUAUAG